UACUCUAUAUAUUACAUACCUAUAAAAAGAUCACAUUUCAUGUCUAGGAAUGUAAGUCGCUCCCUUUUUAUAUAAUAAUAACAGAUUCAUAACUAAGUUGUGUCUUGUGCCCUUGUCUCUCUCUCUCUAAAAUCCAUCCACUAACAAAUUUGGAUAACUCUCUCUCUCUAUCUCUCUCUCCCUCCCAAGGUAUGUAUAUAUAUAUAUAUAACCAACAUGUGAUGUGACAUAGGGGAGUGAGUUACAAAUUUUUUUCACCAAUUAAGCAGUGUUUCCAUGUCUUUUUACAAAUAGCGUUUUUGAGAAAUAAGUUUUGUUGUGGAAGAUAAUAGAAAGAAAGAGAGAGAGAGAGAGAGAGAGAGAGAAGAUGUUGGGCAUAUUCAAGAAGGGUUUGGUUGAUCCACCAGAAGAGCUGAAUAGCCCAGCUUCAUUGCAGCCCUCCGUUGAGCCCAAAAUUCCUGAAGACACUCUGAAAGAUUUCUUAUCUUCUCAUCCCACUAACAGCUUCUCUGUUGGUUUUGAAGACAAGGCCUUGCUUGCUUUUGCCCCACCUGACCCAUCACUCUCAAGUCAUCACAGGUUAUUUUGUGGCAUGGAUGACAUAUACUGCAUCUUUUUGGGGGACUUAAACAACCUAUCUGCUCUAAACAAGCAAUAUGGACUGUCAAAGAGUGCCAAUGAGGCAAUGUUUGUGAUUGAGGCAUACCGGACCCUCCGCGAUCGAGGCCCAUACCCGGCCCAUCAGGUCCUCAAUGACCUGGAUGGCAGCUUUGGAUUUGUGGUCUAUGAUACCAAGGUUGGAACUGUCUUCACCGCACUGGGUUCUGAUGAAGGAGUGAAACUCUUUUGGGGUAUAGGUGCUGAUGGCUCAGUGGUUAUUUGUGACAAUUUGGAGGUCAUAAAAGCAAGCUGUGCUAAAUCAUUUGCACCUUUCCCAAUUGGGUGCAUGCACCAUAGCAAAGGAGGGCUGAUGAGCUUUGAGUAUCCGAUGAACAAAUUGAAGGCAAUGCCAAGGAUAGAUAGCGAGGGAGUGAUGUGUGGAGCCAACUUCAAGGACUGUAAUAGGCAGGUUACUGAGAAUCCAGAAGACGUAAACCGUCGUUAUUUGUCCCAAACGGAGGUGACAAAGGGGUUAAAAGAGCCGAACAACCUGCGUCGAAGAGGGUUAGAAGUGAAAGAGCCAACAAUAGAAGUGAAAGAGCCAACAAUUGAUCCUCCAGAAGAAAAGAUGGCUAAAGCAAAGACAAACGUAACGCAAUCGCGCACAAACCACUGUGAUAAAUCUCAUUUGUUAGCCUUCAUUGUUGGAGUAGUAGUGACAAUGUUGUUAUAUCACGCACUCAAUAGGUUGUGGUAGAGCCUUGUGACAUGGACUUGAUGACUAUGAAUGCUGUAAAAAUCUGAGUUCUAUGACAAUAAGCAGCAAUUUGUUGGUGAAAUAUCAAUCUCCAGAACGAACC